AUGGAGUUUGUAGCCUCUUCCUUGGAUGAAUUAUGCAUAACUGAACAAGGUAAAAGAGGGGGUAGGAUGGGUCAUCGGAGUCACAACAAUGAUGACGAAUACAAGUCCAAGAACCUCCACGCCGAGAGGAGGAGACGGCAGAAACUCAGUGAACGCCUCCUCACCCUACGUGCAUUGAUGAACAAAGCAACUAUUGUUGAGGAUGCCAUCACUUAUAUCCACGAGCUGCAGAAGACUGUGAACAUACUCAAAGACCAGCUUUUCGAUAUGGAAGCAUCAGAAGAAGAGGCACCGGAGCAGAAGAAAGAAGAAAUUCAGGCUGCAGAAGAGAUGAAGAAAUUUGGGAUUCAGGCAGAGGUCAAUGUGACUCAGAUAGAUGGGAACAAACUUUGGGUGAAGGCAAUCCUUGAGAAGAAAAGAGGUGGGUUCACUAAACUGAUGGAGGCCAUGACUGCCUUUGGCUUUGAACUCACUGAUACCAGUGUCACUACCUCCAAUGGAGCAAUGCUUGUUUCAUCUUGUGUCAUGGGAUCCUACUGCGAAACGCUUGAAGUAGAGCAAACCAAGGAAUUGAUGCUAGAGAUCAUCAAUAGCACAUAG